AACCUUUAAAAUUAUAUGAGAGAAAGAAUAAUUUAUAAAUAAAUAAAUUUAUUUAAUGGCUAGUUACAAAAAUUGUUAUGAAUACAAUAAAAGUAAUAAUGGCGAAAGUGAAAUUCAAGAAAAUUUAAUAUACAAAAAAAAGUAUAAAAAACUUAAGAGACUUGUUAAAAAUCUUGUUUUCGAAAAUGCCGCGCUGUGUGAUCAAGUUGCACAGACACAAGAAAAUUUGGUUAUCGUAAAAGAAGAGCGUUUGUAUUUAGUGAAAAAAUUAUCACAAUAUCAAGGUGAGCCUUCUGAUGGAUCGCCGAUGGGAAAUAAAAUGAUUAAUAAUAAUUUAAACUUGUCCUUGAUGUCAUGUGAUAGUGGUACAGCUAAAAAAAAUAAUAAAAAACGUAAUUUUAUUGACAGCACCAGUGGAGAGACAGGUGUAAAAAGUAAAACCAAGAGAACGACAUCCGGAAAAGCUGGGAGCAGACGCGUUGUCCAGUUGAUACCAUUGGACAUUAAUGGGAGACCAUUAUUUCCAAUUUCACUUGGAGAUUUAACUGUUUACUCACUGGGGGAAGUUGUUACUGACCGGAUUGGCUAUCAUACUGAUGAUUAUAUUUAUCCAGUUGGGUUUUGUAGCACUCGUUUGUAUGCAAGCUUGAAGGACAUACAGAGUCAGAGUCUUUAUACAUGUAAAAUACUUGAUGGUGGUCCUAAACCGAGAUUUGAAAUAGUAUCGGACACAGAUUUAGAUCAACCACUGGUCGGUUCAAGUCCCGACGAGUGUCACAGCCGGUUACUUCAAGCACUAUCACCAUUGUUAUCAAAUUUAUCACCAAAAGGAGCUAGUUUUUUUGGUAUCUCGCAUCCCACGAUACAAAACCUGAUACAAAGCUCACCUGGUACACGGAAAUUACCACUUUAUAAAACCCAAAAGUUUGAAGUGAAUAAAAAUUCAAUCGAAAAUGGAUCCAGCCCGAUACCAGAAGAAGAAUUGGAUCCAAGUAUUAAUUUCACGUCACUACAUCGUUCGUUUGUAUUAAAUAAUUAUAAUUCUAUAAAAGAAGAGCCAAUUGAUCAUCAUGACAUACGUGCACUCAAAGAUUUAUCUUGAACCGAGUUAUAAAAUUUUUUAUUUAUUUAAUUUGGAAAUAAUAAAUUAUUGACAGUAAUAUUAAGUUUUAAACUGUAGAAAAAAAAUUGAAAGGUAUAUUUAAUAAUUAUAUUUUUAAGCACGAUAUUAAUUUGAUUUUAUUAAAAAGUUAAA